GCCAACAAGCAUUCCAUUUCUCCUCUUCCCACUUUCCACUCCGAUUCUCUUCUCCACUUUCUGUUUGUUUCCCGAGAAAAAGAAAAAAAAAAAAAUAACCCAUCAGAAAAUUCAACAAACCCAUUUCAGAGAAAGGGAAAAAAAAAACAAAACCAAUGGCCUUCGAGAAAGAUCUCAACUUGGAAGCCACCGAGCUCCGAUUGGGUCUGCCCGGAACUUCGCCGGACGAUCAAUCUUCUCCGAUCAACCGAGCCAACUCCAACAAAAGAGCUUUGCCGUCCGACGACCAGAACCUGCCGGAAUCCCGCCGGGAAAUUAACUCCGAUCCCACCAAAUGCAACCAAGAAAAUCCCCCGCCCACCAAGGCACAAGUUGUGGGGUGGCCGCCGGUGAGAUCGUUUCGAAAGAAUUGUUUCCAAGCAAAGAAGAAAGACGAGGCGGCGGCAGCGGCGACCGGGAUGUUCAUAAAAGUGAGCAUGGAUGGAGCUCCUUUUCUAAGGAAAGUUGAUCUUAAGAUCUAUCAAGGAUAUCCGGACCUUCUUCAAGCUUUGGAGAACAUGUUCAAGUUUUCUCUUGGCAAGUUUUGUGAGAGAGAAGGGUAUAAUGGGUCGGAAUUUGUUCCGACUUAUGAAGAUAAAGAUGGCGAUUGGAUGCUCGUUGGCGAUGUUCCAUGGGAAAUGUUCAUGAGCUCAUGCAAGAAGCUUAGGAUCAUGAAAGGAUCAGAAGCCAAAGGUUUGGGCUGUGGAUCAGUGUGAAGAAAGAAAAAAAAAGGAAGAGAAAAAAGGGAUUAGAGGGCGCCCCAAAAUAUUGCUCUCUUUUUUAUGAUCAUCGGAAAAGUUGUGAAAGUUCAUCGCAGCCGCCGUGUAUUUGCCGGCGGAGUGCACCGCUGCCGGCCGCCUCUCCGAUGAUCCGACCAAAUUUGAUCUCAUGUAAAUUUUUAUGAAAAAUCAGAUCUUGAUUUUCUUAGAGAGAGAGAAGAGGGGCUGAUGAUCAAGAGUCGAGACCCAAAAUAAAUAAGGGAAUUAAGGGUUUUUUUUUUUGGUGAUUAUUCAUAUUUAUUCUUGUGGGGGAUAAUGUAAUUGAUCGAGAUGGGUUGAAAAUUAUGUUAAUUACCCAAAGAGUUUGUACAUGUAAUUGGAUGUGAUAUAAUCAUCAAUUCCAAGAGAAGGAUCUCCUUUUUUUA